GUAGUAGGAAUCGUUAAUCGGUUUCUCUGCUGGUUGCGUUUCGUUCUCCGAAGCCAUUUUGGACUCAGUUCAGUUUCAUGUAUGUCAGAAUCGGACCCUGUCCAGCCAUACUCACUCUGCACUGGGGAAAGAAGCUUUGCGGAGAGGCUUUGCGCAAAAAUCACCCGGCGAUCCGUGUUAUUUGACGCUGAAUUCAGCGGAGGGCGUUUCAGUGGAAUAUCGGCGCUUCCCGAUGGAUUUGUCCGUGUGUUAAAGUUUCAUUCAGCCCGAGCGGUGGGGUGGGCGGACGGACGGACGUCUGGCCGACGGUCACUCGGGCUCGUUGUGUGUGUGUGUGUGUGUGUGUGUCUCCCCCCCUUAUCUUUUUAAAUGUUUGCAAAGCAGAAGACACUGGAACGGAGCAAAUCUGGGGUGAUUUUGGAUCACUAGAGGAAUAUGUUCGCUCCCUGGCUGACUUUUGCACUUCUUCUGGGAACUUUCUGUGCAGACUCCAGCCAUGGAGAGGUGGAGACACAGGAAUGUUUGUACUUCAACAUCAACUGGGAGAUCGAAAAGACGAACCGCAGCGGCGUGGAGCGAUGUGAAGGCGAGAAGGACAAACGCUCGCACUGCUACGCCUCCUGGAGGAAUAACUCGGGCAGUAUCGAGCUCGUGAAGAAGGGAUGCUGGUUAGAUGACUUCAACUGUUAUGACAGACAAGAGUGUGUGGCCACAGAGGAGAACCCUCAGGUCUUCUUUUGCUGCUGUGAAGGAAACUUCUGCAAUGAGAGAUUCACACACCUGCCCGACGUCAACGGACCAGAAAUCAAGCCGCCGCCUCCGACGCCCCCUCUGUUGAACGUGCUGGUUUACUCGCUGUUGCCCAUCAGUAUGUUGACCAUGGCGCUGCUGCUGGCGUUCUGGAUGUACCGUCAUCGCAAACCUCCUUAUGGACACGUGGACAUCAACGAGGACCCUGGUCCGGCGCCCCCGUCACCGCUGGUGGGACUCAAACCACUGCAGUUACUGGAGAUUAAAGCUCGAGGGCGCUUUGGCUGCGUUUGGAAAGCACAGAUGAUCAAUGAAUAUGUAGCCGUGAAAGUUUUCCCCAUUCAGGACAAGCAGUCGUGGCAGACCGAGCGAGACAUGUUCUUGACGCCGGGCAUGAAACAUGAUAACCUCCUGCGCUACAUCGCCGCUGAGAAACGCGGAACGAACCUGGAGACGGAGUUCUGGCUCAUCACAGAGUUUCAUGAGAGGGGUUCUCUGACGGAUUAUCUGAAGGGGAACACUGUGAGCUGGAAUGAACUGUGUCACAUCGCAGAGACGAUGGCGUGCGGUCUGGCGUACCUUCACGAGGACGUGCCCCGAUUUAAAGGAGAAGGACCAAAACCAGCGAUCGCUCACCGAGACUUCAAGAGUAAAAACGUAAUGUUGAAGAUGGAUCUCACAGCUGUGAUUGGUGAUUUUGGGUUGGCGGUUCAGUUUGAGCCGGGUAAACCACCUGGAGAUACACACGGUCAGGUUGGCACGUGGCGAUACAUGGCACCGGAGGUGUUGGAGGGGGCGAUUAACUUCCAGCGAGACGCGUUCUUGCGGAUAGACAUGUACGCUAUGGGUCUGGUGCUCUGGGAGCUCGUGUCACGCUGCAAAGCCGCCGAUGGUCCUGUAGAUGAGUACAUGCUUCCGUUUGAGGAGGAGAUCGGACAGCAUCCGUCACUGGAGGAUCUGCAGGACGUGGUGGUCCAUAAGAAGUUGCGGCCGGUGUUUAAAGACUGCUGGCUCAAGCAUUCUGGUCUGGCGCAGAUGUGUGAGACGAUAGAGGAAUGCUGGGAUCACGACGCUGAGGCGCGACUGUCGGCCGGUUGCGUGGAGGAACGAAUCUCUCAGAUCCGCCGCCUGAUCAGCGCCACUACCUCAGACUGCCUGGUUUCCAUGGUGACGUCCGUCACGAACGUGGACCUGCCGCCCAAAGAGUCCAGUAUCUGAGUCACGACGCAACGCUCGACGUGGAGCGAAACGAACAUGAAUCAAACCCUCGUCUUUCCAGACUCCGAAUCUCAAGCAUCAUGAAAGCAGCUGCUAUUUUAUCCUAACAUUUUUUUUACUUUAUUAUUAUUAUUUUUUUUUUCUCUGAUCGGAUCAAAACUACCAGCACACUUCUCUACUGUAUUUUUAUCAUUAGAGCAAAUGCGAAGAUUUUAAAACGAUAAGAGGACGUCUCGACGCGCAUUCAGGUACCGACGUAUGAAUGCUGACAUGUGCAGGUACCUCCACAUUUUAACGGUUUUACUUUUCCUUUGAUUUUUUUCAUGCUCUUUUUAUUCGCAUCGUUCUGAUGGACAAUACAUCAUCGUUUCAUGUCAGAUAUUUCAACAGUGCUGCAAAACCUGUGAGAAUCAUUACGACUGUUACACGCGCAAUCGAACUUCCUUGCAGGAUCUCACUCUUUAUUUCUCCACCAGUGCGUGCUAUUCAAAAUCAUGGAAAACGUGUCUUUUACGGAACUAACGGGUGUCAAAAGUACACGGAAAAAACAACUGGACUAUUUCUUUCUUUUGUUUGUUUGUUGUUGUUGUUUUUGUUUUUUUGUGGUAUUGAAGUUGGUGACUGUGAAAAGAGUUUGGUUGGGAAUUUUCUGGGUGAAAUCUCAGCAGUGGCUUGCAUAUGGAAAUAUCGGAGGUCAUGAGAGCAUUUAGUUUAGUUCGGUAAUGUUUCUCAGGUAUCCAGUGUCACGGGGUUUUGGGGUCCAUGACUGCCUUCCCACAUCAUAAUAGGACAGAAAUAUAACGGUGCCCUCGUGAAUUUAACACUAAUUAUCAAAACAUGCAAGACCAUGAUGCGUGCGUGCGUGCGUGCGCGUGUGUGUGUGUGUGUGUGUGUGUGUUUUUUUUUCAGUGCUGAGAGUGAUUUGAAAAAGUAGACCGUAAAAGGGUUUGGCGCAUGUGGCCGUCUAAACAAAAGUUUUUUUUUUUGUUUUUUUUUGUUUUUUUUUCUAUCUGUCGUCUUUUAUAAUAAUGCAACGUGUGUUUUUGAUAUCUUGAGUUUUGGAUCAAAAUCCUGACUCGGAUAGUAUGAGCGUGAAAGUCACAGAAGCAUGUGCGGGUCAUAUUUCACUCCAGGAUCAAAAGAAAGUCUUUUUUUUAGGAGCAUUUUUAUUUUUAUUUGUGACAUUAUUUUCAUGACAGAUAAACACAUUUGCCACCCCCAAAUUAUUACCGUAAUGCAUCCAGACGUUCAACUUCUUUUUUUUUUUUUUUUUUUUUUGAUUUGAUUUUCAUUAUAUGAUCAUUGUAACACAGUGAUUUUCUUUUGUAUUUAAAUAUGCAUAAAUUAAAGGCAUGUGUAAAUAGCAUUGUCUCUUCCAGGGACCGAAAUUAAUGGGGUUUUUAAGGAAAAGAUGACAAAACUGAAACUGAAAGUGACAAAACUGCCCCACAAAUUCAAAAUGUAGGGGCAAAAAAAAUGCCCCCAUAAUAAAUUCCCUCUUUUAUUCGUAGCAUCUAAUAAAUUUCCUGUUUUUUUAUUCUAAGCCUUUUAAAUAAUAUCUCGAAAUAUGAGCUGAUUUAAAUUGAUAAUUAAGUUGGAAUUAGUUUUAAUAAAUCAGAUCCCAGAGGCAAAGAUCACCCUAUAAUUAAUAAAAGUUAAUAUUUUUAUAUAAAAAUAUUUAUAAAUAUUUUUCACAUUACAGUCAUUUGAAUUCAUUU